AUGAAUUUUUUGUAAAUAAUCAUUGAUGCCAAAUUUUUGUUGGGUAUCGGUGUUGGAUUUUUUGUGGCAUCAUUUUUAAUGUUACCAAAGAAUGAAAAUAAUUAAGGAAAUGGCUCAUAUUCUAAACUAAAAUUAUCAUCCAAAUCAUUACCUUCAACAUAAGAUUUAAAACAAGUUUAUUUAAAACCUAGUGAAAGACCAAAAAAAUUAAAAGAGAAGGAUUCAUUUUUAAGAGAAUUAUAAUAAAAAGGAUAAAAGAGUUAAAAAUAUGAUUUUUUAGAAGAAGAUGAAAUAAGAAAAAAGGUAAAAAUGUAGUAUCAUUAAUUUGAACCAAUGUUUGAGGAAACAUCAAUUAAGGUCUAAUCAAUUAAUACUUCUUCAGAUUUUGAAAGCUCUUAGGAGUUAAGAAAUGAAUGCGUAACCUUAUUGCCUAAUAAUGAGAAUGUAGUAUAGUAUCAUGAGGAUAAAUACUUUAAUUAAUAUGAUAAAGGAUUUGAUGAAAAUGAUAGAGAUUUAGAAGAGUUGGCUAAUAUCUAAGAAUCUCCAAUACUUAAAAGUAAUUAGUUUAGUAAUCGAAAACUAAAUGUUAAAUUAGAAUUUUAAAAUAAAAAUCAAGAUUCAGUUAAUUAAGAAUGA